UUGUAUAACUUUGUAGUAUAUUGUUAUGGUGUUGCUGUUAACUCAGAUUCUUGCAGUCUUAAUGAUUUUAAGGUAGAAGAAAUUCGUGGAAGCAUCGACUUAAUAGCAAACAAUGUUGAGGAGGUCAAAAAGAAGCACUCUGCGAUCCUGUCGAAUCCGGUUAAUGACCCGAAAACGAAAGAUGAGUUGGAGGAACUCAUGGUCAGCAUUAAGAAGACGGCGAACAAAGUCAGGGCAAAACUGAAAGUGAUCGAACAAAGACUUGAACAAGAUGAGGCGACCGAGGGAUCAACGGCUGAUCUCAGAAUUCGAAAAACGCAGCAUUCCACGCUGUCUCGAAAAUUUGUCGAGGUCAUGACCGACUAUAACAAAACUCAGACGGACUACCGCGAACGAUGUAAAGGGCGAAUUCAGCGGCAGCUGGACAUUGCUGGUAAACAGGUGGACAGCGAGCAGCUGGAAGAAAUGAUUGAAAGCGGUAAUCCGGCAAUAUUCACGCAGGGCAUAAUAACCGACACACAACAAGCCAAACAAACACUAGCAGACAUCGAAGCUCGUCACAACGAUAUCAUCAAGUUGGAGAGCAGCAUUCGAGAGCUGCACGAAAUGUUCAUGGACAUGGCUAUGCUUGUGGAAUCUCAGGGUGAAAUGGUUGAUAGAAUAGAAUAUAACGUCGAGCAUGCCAAGGAUUACGUCGAUCGAGCAGUGGCCGAUACAAAGAAGGCCGUUCAAUUCCAGUCAAAAGCGAGAAGGGUUCGUUUUUUAUUAAAAAAUUAAUA